GAUCUGGAACUUGGAAGGAAUGCAGACAGCUCAUUUUGUUCUUCAUUCCCCUGGAAUGAGUGUGUGCUGGCAUCCUGAGGAAACUUUUAAGCUGAUGGUUGCAGAGAAGAAUGGAACAAUCCGAUUUUAUGAUCUUUUGGCCCAACAGGCUAUUUUGUCUCUUGAAUCAGAACAAAUGCCAUUAAUGUCAGCACACUGGUGCUUAAAAAACACCUUCAAAGUUGGAGCUGUUGCAGGAAAUGAUUGGUUAAUUUGGGAUAUUACUAGGUCCAGUUAUCCUCAAGAUAAGAGACCUGUUCACAUGGAUCAAGCCUACUUAUUCAGAUGGUCCACAAUUAAUGAAAACUUGUUUGCAACCACUGGUUAUCCUGGCAAAAUGGCAAGCCAGUUUCAAAUUCAUCAUUUAGGACACCCUCAGCCCAUCCUCAUUGGUUCUGUAGCUGUUGGAUCUGGCCUUUCCUGGCAUAGGACUCUCCCACUGUGUGCAAUUGGAGGAGACCACAAGCUGUUGUUUUGGGUGACUGAAAUGUAAAAUAAAUUUUCCCUUACCUUAGAUUUAUAAACUUUGUGUUUUUCUUACAUAUCUUGGAGAACUCCAUAUUUUUGUAUCAAAUAUACUGUAAGCUCUAGAAAUGUCUCAGUUGUUGCUUUUCUAAAUAAAAUAAAAUGUUGAUGGUUUGAAAUA